UUUGCUAUCAAAAACCCUAAAAUAAAAAUCGUUUCUUUUUUACUUGUUCCCAAAUUUGAAUCCUUGAACGAUCCAACACUCAUCAGAUCUUUACCGGCAUGAGUCACUGAUCGAAGAAUGAGUCAUCUGUUCUUCUUCCCCGCUCAUCAGUAAGUUUGGAGAACUUUUGAGAUUUAUUUGCUCGAAUUGAGUCAGAAACUGUUGGCUUUCGUUGGUUUUGUAUUGCCUUCUCUUUCGGUCCUGUUCAGGGUUCGGUAAUUGCAUUUGCCUGGUGUCAUGUAUUCUCUGAUACUCCAUGGAAGAAGGUCAGUCGAGUUGCAGAAAUGGCGUAACUUGAGUGUUUCAGUGCCAAAUGCAUCUUCUUUUUUCAAUUUGUUUUCCUUUGCUACUACUGCUGCACAUUUGAGUCCUAGAGUUGGUCGAAAAGGAAAGGACUUUACUUUCUCUUACCUCGUUGAUUCAUUAGGUUUACCUAAAAAGCUCGCAGAAUCGAUUUCAAGGAAAGUCAGCUUCGAGGACAAGGGCAAUCCUGAUUCUGUUCUGAGUCUUUUUAGAUGUCAGGGGUUCACUGAUUCUCAGAUCUCUAGCAUGAUUGAGAUUUACCCACGUUUGCUUAUACUAGAUGCUGAGAAAUCCCUUGGUCCCAAGCUUCAGUUUUUGCAGUCCAGAGAAGCGUCAAGCUUUGAGCUCACUCAGAUUGUUUCAAAGGUUCCGGAAAUAUUGGGAAAGAAAGGGGACAAAACUAUCAGCGUAUACUAUGAUUUCAUCAAAGACACUUUACAUGAUAAGAGUUUCAAGUACGAAAAGUUAUGUCAUUCUUUUCCACCGGGUAAUCUAGAGAACAAGAUCAGAAAUGUAUCGGUUUUAAGAGAAUUGGGCAUGCCUCACAAGUUGUUAUUCUCCUUGCUCAUCUCCGAUAGCCAACCUGUAUGUGGAAAAGAAAAAUUUGAAGGAACCCUCAAGAAGGUUGUUGAGAUGGGUUUUGAUCCAACCACCGGAAAGUUUGUCGAAGCUCUAAACGUUAUUUACAAAAUGAACGAGAAAACAAUCGAAGAAAGAUUCAAUCUCUAUAAAAGCUUAGGCUUUGAUGCGGGAGAUGUAUGGUCAAGUUUCAAAAAGUGGCCAAUCUCUCUGAGAGUAACGGAGAAGAAGAUGUUGGACUCCAUUGAAACAUUUCUUGGCCUAGGAUUCAGCAGAGAUGAGUUUGCGAAGAUGGUCAAGCACUUUCCUCCGUGCAUUGGAUUAUCUACAGAGAUGGUCAAAAAGAAAACUGAGUUCUUGGUGAAGAAGAUGAAUUGGCCACUAAAGGCUCUGGUUUCAAACCCUGCAGUACUUGGAUACAGCCUGGAGAAGAGGAUCGUCCCAAGGGGUAACGUAAUCAAAGCUCUCAUGUCCAAAGGAUUGAUCGGAAAUGAACUCCCUUCGAUAUCGUGUGUCCUCAUGUGUUCCAAACUGGUGUUUUUAAAUAGGUAUGUGGAGAAUCACGAGGACAAGCAGCUGGUGACUGAGUUGAUGGCUAUCUAUCGUGCUUCAUAGAUCACAAGCAUUUUUGUUUAUCUAUGAAUAUCUGAGAAACCUUUUUAGUCCUCAAUUUGAUCCGGAUUAGGACUGUAAUUUUCCCAUAUAUUACUGAGUUUGUAGCCUAGAGAAAAGCAACGCAGCCAAAGAGCUGAAGGGGACAUGUGAAUCCAUAUUCUAUAUUUGUUGAUUUAUUCUAAAGCAGAUAGUUUCUGAAUUCUUUGUGACUUUGUUCGGAUACGAGUUGAAUGAUGCAAUGUAGCUCUUGAGUUAUACGA